UCUCUCUCUUUCUGGAAACUCCGUUACUGUUUUGCUUUGUGAAGAUUGCAACUGAAAGCUUCUUCUUCUUGUUCUCUCUUUUUGCAUGUUCUUCUCUCUCUCUCUCUCUAUAUCGCUGAGAAGAGUGAAGAGACGCUGUUUCUUUCUCGGUCCGAUUUGAUGGUGUGCGUUUCUCUGUGAUUUUGUGGGGAUUUUCGGCGAUGAGUGAGCUAAUUUGCUGCCUGGUAUUUGAUUCUGGUUUCGGUUUUGUGGAUUGCUUUGCUCGAUUUAUAAGAAAUGUUUGAUUGGAACGACGAAGAGCUUGCUAACAUAAUAUGGGGUGAGGAGGGUGACAAUGAUGAUCAUAUUGUGCCUUAUUUGAAGGCAAGUGAAGAUCUUAGCAACAAGAAGGAAUGGAAUCAAGAAGCUGCUACGACUAAGCUCAAUGAACUGAAAAGAUCAGAGGCUAAAACUGAUUUUGAUGAAAGAAAGCUAGGAAGCAGUUCCAACCUCAACAAUAGCGGAAGACUAUCUGCCAUAGGAUAUGGAACAAACUCAUGGCCUGACUUGUCUUUAUCCAGCGCAGCUAAAAUUGAUCACGGUUCUCGGGGUACUGAAGAAUCUAAAUUUUUUAGUGAACUUAGCAAAUUCAGUUCAUCAAGAGGUGGUAAAAUUGAAGAGACUACACAACUUGAAAAGGAAUCUCAUGAAGGUAAAGAGCAAGGUGAUUUUGAUGAUUACGAAUGGGCUAACAUAGGAAGUUUUGAUGACCUUGAUCAAAUUUUCAGCAAUAAUGACCCCAUAUUUGGCCAUGUAAGUCUUGAUAACUCAGAUGAGCUUUGGUCCUCUAAAGAUGUGAGUAACAAUCCAGAACCCGUACACUUGAACUCACCAAGUCUAGAAGGUGCUUUAAGGACUGAGCCUUUGGAAAUCAAAGAAGAAUAUGUUCAAUGUAAUGAUCAAUCAUAUGCCCUCAGCCAUGAGAAGAUUGGUGGUCCUGCAUCUCUGGUUAUACAAAAUUCACAUGCAACCACAGCUGAUGAGGGGUCUGUUGGAGUUAGAAGUAAACCUACUGGGAAGGAGCAGCAGGCUUUUAGGAAAAAGAAUCUGUUGAAAAAUCGGAAAAUAUCACAGGUAAAACAAGAGGGGAAAGCUCUGCAGGAUUUCUAUGGUAAUUGGUCUCCAGCAGCAGAACCGGCUAGACAAUUUGAGAAUCAUAUGGAACCUUCUGUCAUACAAUCUUCUCCGUCUUCAAUUCUAGGGCAACCGAAGCAGCUUCAUGGACCUGAAACACUAUAUCAGAACAUCAUAAAUCCAUAUAUGGCAUCUUCUGUGUAUGGGAACCUUACUAAUACCUAUCCGCCUAUGCCGAUAAUAUCACAGACUCUGUUGGGAGAUCUUAGGCGUCAACCUGUGCUUUCUGGGUAUGAAGUGUCUCCAAGUAUAGUGAAUCCAGUGAAGAAGCCUAUGGACUCAUUCAAGCGUCAAACCAUGACUCCUCAGGAGAAAAUUGAAAAAUUGAGGAGGCGGCAGCAAAUGCAGGCAUUACUUGCUAUUCAGAAACAGCAGCAACAAUUGGACCAUCAGGUUCCUAGCAGUAGUAAAUCCAUCACUCAAAAAUGUCCCCCAGAAAUUCAAAGUCAUCGUAGUGAUGGGACUGCUCCUGAAAUUGAAGAUCUUAGAGCUCUUCCUGCUCUGGAUCCAGCAGCUGAACAAGAUGAUUCGAAUACAAUAUCUGUGGCAGUUGAUAAUGAUUUUGCUGAAGACACCAUACUGUACAGGCUUCAGGAUAUUAUAUCAAAGUUAGACAUCAAAAUAAGACUCUGCAUCAGAGAUAGCUUGUUCCGGUUGGCACAAAGUGCAAUGCAAAGGCAUUAUGCUAGUGACACAAGCAGUACAAAUAAAAGUUGCAGAGAACUUGAAGUUUUUGCUAGAGAUGAAAGGAAUAGCCAAAACAGAUAUGCCAGGAUGCCUGAUGUUGAAACACAGACCAAUCCCGUUGAUCGAACUGUGGCUCAUUUACUCUUUCAUAGGCCUGUUGAGUUAACCGGAAGCUAUUCUGACAGAUUGGAGUCACCCAUUUCUAGUAAGGUGCAAUGUGAAAGCAAAGCAGCUAACCUGGUGAACUUUCCUGUGAGGUGCUUACCAGAUGAAGACUUGAAAAGUAAUCAACAAUUUUCUCACCUUGGAUUUAAGAAUUCUUGGUCGUCAUUUGAGGCUAUGGAUCAAAUUAAAGACAGCCCCUGCAUAGACACUUCAGAUAAUGCAUCUAACACUCAGGAGCUUGAAACUUCUCAAUGAAGAAAGAUUUUCUCCAGAAAUCUGAGGCCAUCGAGAUCAUUAUCAAGCGCAAGUAUCAGUGUAGAAUCCUGAGCACCAGUUUCAUGCAUGUAUGUUAUCAGCAAUAUUUCUGUUUCUGCUGUUUUAAAACAUGAUAGCAUGUAUCCUCAGUAUCUGGCCAUACUUUAGGUCUUGAGUGCUAUGUUUAAAUGUGUGUAGCAAGGCCACUCAGAUGUCAAAUUAAUCAAGUCUUGGGUUGACUGACUGAGACCAGGCUUUAAAGUCGGUGUUGUAUUUCUGUAUGUAAUACUUGCCAUACUUGCCCCUCAUCCUUAAUGUUUUGUGUGUCUUUAUUUGAGAUUGAGUCAUAAACUUGUGAUUUUUAAUUUGAAUUCUAGUUUGUUCUUGGUUUCUGACCAAAAUUGUGUCCAAUGGAGCAAUAACAAGCCAUAAUAUUUGUCUACAUCUUAAUAA